AUGUCGAGUCUCUUCAAGCUCUCGAUCAAGGGUAUCCGGUCGUUUGAGCCAGAAAAUGAAGAAACCAUCCAAUUUGGAUUUCCUCUUACAUUGAUCUGUGGCCAGAACGGUUGCGGUAAAACAACAAUUAUAGAAUGUCUCAAGUAUGUCACCACAGGAGAUCUUCCACCUAAUUCCAAGGGUGGGGCGUUUGUCAACGACCCUAGUAUUUCUGGUAGACCUGUUGUGACUGGUCAGAUCAAGUUAGCUUUUAGAAAUGCCAAUGGAAAAUCUAUGAUAGCUACUAGAACUGUACAAUUGACAAGGAAACAGACUAGAGGUGCUUUUACCAAUACGUUCAAGACUUUGGAAGGACAAUUGGCCACUAUAGAUAAAGGAAAUAAAGUAAGUAUUUCAACAAAAAAUUCGGAACUAGAUGCCCAGACUCCGAUCUUUUUGGGUGCUUCUCCUGCUAUCCUAGACUACGUGCUCUUUUGUCACCAAGAUGAAAGUUUGUGGCCCCUCAGUGAAGCUUCAGUGUUGAAAAAGAGGUUUGAUGAUAUAUUUGAAGCUUCCAAGUUCACCAAAGUUCUUGACAACCUCAAAACUAUCAAGAAGGACAUGAGUACAGACAUAAAGCUAAUUGAACAGAGUGUAAAGCACCUCAAUAUCGACAAGACGAGAGCAAAGAAAAUUGAAGACAAGGUUCUACAAAUGAAUGCUUCUGUAGAGAGUUAUACUGAACAAAUUGGAGAUAUAAAUUUGAAAAUAGAAGCGAAAGAAAAGGAAGCGGAGGAUCUUUUUGCAUCUAACCAGGAAUUUCAAAAAACUUUGAGUACAUAUGAGUCGCUAAAGAUCCAAAAGAGAGGCGUAGAAGAACAAAUAGGGAGAAUGAAAGAUAACAUAGAUUAUAUCGAUGAGGCAACUGACGAAGAGUUACUUAGCAUGGUGGAUAGCUUCAACGACAAGGCUAAGGAACUAGAAGCUAACUUGAACGAAUUACAAGUUGCUUGUGAAAGUUAUGCAGACAGCAUGAAAGAAAAACAGACAGAAUUGAACGACUUGAUUAGAUUAGAUGGUACUCUCAAAGCAAGGGAAGAUGAGUAUAACCAAAAUAUGAACAAAAUGGCUUCUUUGAUCUCUGAUAAUGCCUCUGAUGACAGCUUUCAAAGCUCCAGUUACAAUUCCAAGGAGAUCGCACGCUUCAAAUCUGCCUUGGAAGUCAAAAAUAGACAACUAGAAGCAGAUUUAAGGUUAACAUCAACACUGUUUAAGAAUUCGGAGGCCGACAAACAACAACUGAUACAGUCGUUGCAAGAUUCUAUCACUAGAGAAGAACAACUCAAGGAAUAUAGUAACAAUGAUAUUCAGUCAACAAAACAAAAAUUGUCGACGUUUAAAAAGAAGAUCGAGAUUUCUAACAGUGAUGAAAGUGAACUAAAGUUAAAGGAAGAAGAACUACAGUCCACCUUGGCAGCAUUGGAUGACAAAAAGAAGAAGAAUGAAGUUAAAACCUUGGAUUCAAAGAUUGAAGAAAAGAAUGAGUUGUUAUCCAAGUUGGAAUUUGAAGUAGAUGAAUUGUCAAAGAAAAUAACGACAAGUAACAAACAGUCAGAGAUCAAAACCAGAUUGAACAUGUUAAAAGAAUCUCUAACGACAAAGACGAAAUAUCUUGAAGAUGUCUUGACAGCUACCAAGCCAUCAUUUAAGAAGGCAGUUGGGACAGACUUGGAUCCUCAGUCUUGUGAGGCUGCCUUUGAAGAUGCUGCAGAGAAAGUCAGAAUGGAGUUUGAAACUCAACAGUCUAAAGUUGCUAUCAUCUCUAGAGAAGCAGAUUCGACAAUUGCUCUUGUCAAGUCGAUAAACACUUCGAAAGAAGAUAUAAUACAGAAAAUCUCUGCUCUUAAGAAUGAGAUUCUUGCUGUUAUUGAUGAAAGUGAAAUUGACCUGUAUGAAAGUGUAGUGGAGGAUUUGGAAGAUAGUUAUAGAAAUGUUCUAGAAGAUGUCAAUACUUCGGAAGUCACAAGACAAUUCAAUAUUACCGCAAUAUCUAUUGCUGAGAAAGAACAGCAUUGUUUAUUGUGUAAGAGAACAUUUGACUCUAGGGGAUUGCAGAAAUUUAUUGACGAGCUCCAGCACAGUGUCAAGAAGGAAAAGAUCAAGGAAACUGAAGACCAAGCUCAAGAGAUCAAGAAAGAAUUGGAAUCUGUGAAAUCUAUAAAUUCUCAAGUCUUAUCUUAUAGAGAUUCUAUAAAGAGUUCCGUUGAAAUUAUCAAAAGACUAGAUGACUUGAACGCGACUUAUGAAGAGCAGAAAUUCGAUCUUGAUGCGCAUGAAGAAUUGCUAGAAGAGUCGCGUAAUAAGAAAGAUGAGGUUCUUAUGUUGCGAAAAUCAUUAGGCGAAAUUGUGAGACUUAACGGUGAAAUUCUAGAAUUGCAAAAUCAAGUCAAGGAAGUACUGGAAGAAAUUGAUGGACUUGGUUCAGUUGUGCUUUCCAUUUCCGAGUUACAGAAAUUACAACAACUGAAGUCUUUACAAAUCAAGUCUAUUAGGUUGGAGGUAACGGAUGAUACAGAAGCCAAACACGACAUUCAACGAGAAAUUCAGAGACUUGAAAACAAAGUUAAGGACACUCGAUUGGCAAUUAGCAAUUUGGAGAAAUCUUUAGCCGACAUCAACAACAUCAAGAAUAGCAUAAGCGAACUUGAAGAAAAAAUACUUCUGUUGGGGACAACUCUUUCGAAUACAAAAGAGAGGUUGACAGAACUAUAUGAGAACAGAGAUAAGCUUUCGAGUGAAUUUGCUAAUACAAAAGAAACGAACAGGAAUGUAUUAGAUUCAAAGCAGAAGGCUCUAAAUGACAGCAACGAAAUUGUGAGAGUGAUCACUCAACUAUCUGCAGCAAUCAAGGAUUAUGAAACUCAUGACAUCAAUAAGCUCAGGGAAAAUUUAUCUGAGCAAGAGAGAGUCAGGAAGGUGAUGGAGGCACUAGAAGACAAAAUGAAGGCUGUUCGUGAUGAAAUCAAGAAUCUUGAGUCACAGAUGAUGAAUUUCAAAGAUUCUAAACAUCAUUAUAUUGCCAAUUUAGACUACAGAGCGCAGUUGCGUAAAUUAGAAGAGAUAGAUAAUGAAAUUGAGGCUUUGGAUAUUGAAAACGCGCAGGCUCGAAAGGAAGAGUAUCAAGAGAGGUCCAGAAGCUUAAGGCAAGAGAUAACCAACCUAACUUCAGAGCAUGCGGGAAAGAUCGGAGAAGUUAAGCAGAUCAAGGAUCAAGUUAAAGGAUUGCAGAAAGAGCUUGAAACAGAUUUCAAGAAUGUAAAUGAAAUAUACCGUGCCGAAUGGAUAAAGCUUCAAACGAAUAUGUUCAUUUCUAAUGAUAUUCAGACGUAUUCAAAAGCUCUUGACAAUGCUAUUAUGAAAUAUCAUAGCAUCAAGAUGGAAGAUAUCAAUAGGAUAUUGGGUGAAUUGUGGUCACAAACUUACAAAGGUUCGGACAUAUCUACUAUUGCAAUCAAGAGUGAUGUCAAUCUACAAUCCAAGGGUAACAGAUCAUAUAAUUAUAGAGUUGUUAUGUACAAGAAUAGCAAUGAGUUGGAUAUGCGUGGUCGUUGUUCUGCUGGGCAGAAGGUUCUUGCCAGUAUCUUAAUUAGAUUGGCGCUUGCUGAGUGCUUUGGGGUCAACUGUGGAAUCAUCGCACUUGAUGAGCCAACCACAAAUUUGGAUCAUGAAAAUUCCGAGGCUUUAGCUGAAGCACUUAAUAAUAUUAUCGAAUACAGAAAAGCGCAGAGAAACUUCCAAUUAAUUGUCAUUACACAUGAUGAAAACUUCUUGACUCAUAUAAAUGGUGGCAAAUUCACAGACCAUUUCUAUCGCGUUCAAAGAGAUGAACAGCAAAAUUCUCGGAUUUUCAGAUUACCAAUCAGCAAGAUUCAAGAAGAUUAA